CAAAAGGUCACAGAGAUAUCAGCUCAGAUGUUAUCUUGAAUGAUGAAUACCGACAUAACCUUAACAUUCGCGAUAACGAUCGACUAUCACAGUAUAUAUUACAUUUAUACUGUUUUGGAUAAUCAAUGAGUCUGCAACAGGACAAUAACAUAACUUAAAUGGAGUUUUUGACAGAGACAAAAGGCUACAAUGUAGCAGAAUUCUACGAAGAGUUUGAAUCACAAUUGCCGUUAGUGGCAAAGAUCAAAGAAGGGUUUUAUGGAAAUAUUCAAGAAGACACGUUCGACAAAGAUGAGGUACUUUUCAUAGUAGCUGUCUCUAAACAGGAUCGAGUGGUAGCCAAAAUGCAUGGUGGAAACAGGUUUCGUUUGUUGAGCAUCCCAACAACAUUCCAUGAAAAGUUCUGUAUCGCAAAGACACGUACAUUCGAACAUGAAUAUUUUCUGUAUGAAAUACUGAGGACGAACAAGCUACCAGUGUCAGUACAGUUUUCGCCUGGGAAGACCAUAACAUGCGGGAAUAAAAACAUAAAUACAAAGCACAUUCCUGCUAUGGAACUCAUUGACACCUUUGAAGAAAUGUACCUACUUGGAAACUUCAUAACAGCUGGAAAAUUCGAUGAAGAUGUUGUUCAUAUUCCCUUGUAUCUAUCUCAAUUACGCCUCUCUAAAGUAACUGGAAUAAAAGGGGAGAGUGAAGGGUCCUGGAAAACCUACGUCCGCAAGCUUGAGCGCAAAAGUUCCUACAUAGAAUAUGAUCUACAUUUUGGAAAUCAGAAUAUUGCAGAGUAUGACGAAAGUGUUCUACAAUCCGGUAUAAAGUACUCAUACGCUGAACCUGUAGCCUAUGAAAGCUUAAUAAACAUAGGGAAGAGACAAGACAACAUUUAUGACACUCUGUCGGAGUAUAAACCUACAGGGACAUGUACAAAGAAUAUUGAGGAGUUUUCUGUUAAGGAUGUUUUGGAACGAUUGCAGAAUACAGGAAUGGAAAAGUAUUCUGAAUCAUUUGCUUCGCAUCAGAUAGAUGGAAAACUACUGGUCAAACUAGACGAAAGUAUCCUGGUUGAAGAAUUUGGUAUGACAAGAACAGAAAUAAAUAGAUUGAAAGAAAAAUCAAUCUGUUCAAGGACACAAAAAACGUUCACAUGCAUUAUGGAAAAGGAAAUGGAGUAUAUGACUGAGAAAAAGGAUUAUAAUGUAGCGGAAUUCUACAAAAAGUGCCAUAAACAUCUUCCCAAACUUGUCGUGGUCACACAAGGGUUUUACGGUGAUAUUCUCGAGGAAACGUUUGACAAAGGAGAAGUACUUCUCCUAGCAGUUGUAUCGGAGCAGAGACGAGUUGUGACCCGAGUACGAUCUGGUGCUGGAAAAUAUAGAUUGCUCAGUAUCCCUUCAUCCUAUCAUGAAAAAUUUUGCGUUAUUAGUGAAGAUAGACAAAACGUCAGAGAGGCGUAUCUGUGUAACAUACUGAUCGAAAACAAGCUGCCUUUCACCGUACAGUUUCCAAUGGAUCGUGUUAUUACUGUCGGACAAAAAAGUCUAAAUACGAACCGUAUACCCAAGAUGGAACUGAUAGAGACGUUUGAAGAGAAGUAUCUUCUAGGCAACAGGAUAGUAGAUGGUGUAAUGGCAGAAGAUAUAUUGCACAUACCAUUGUAUUUGUCACAGUUGAGAAUGGCACUUGUAUCAGGCAUCAAAGGACAGACAAAACAUCAGUGGAAACUAUUCCUCCAAGAUCUUGAACGAAAAACGAAUGACGUCGAAUAUGACCUAGAAUUCGGAAAUCCAAAUAUAGCAGAAUAUAAGCUGGAUGGGGAUCACUCGGUGAAAGAAUACCCUUUUGAAGAACCAGAAGUCUACGAAAAUAUCAUAAAUAUAGUACAAAGAUGGCCAGAAUAUCAUCCAAGAAAGGAAUCAAUCAGUUUAAGAAGAAAUGUUGUUGAUACUCAUAAAGAAGUUGUCGAAGGCAUCAUAAAACCACAGGAAUACGAACCAGUAGAAUUCAAACCGCUUAAAAAGGCUUGCGAGAAAACAAACUCACCUAAAGUUUACAGACGUAGAGCUCCUGUUCCAGUUCCUAUUGCACAUACGCAUACAAAGUCAGACUUGGACAGAGUCACUAAAACUGGCAUAUCCGAGCCAGUGACGAAGAAAAGCUGCAAAAAGGCCGAUGCACAUUGCGUAGAAGAUACCAUACAAAGCGCUGUUAAGUCAGAUGAUCUCUACACUGACCUUAUUAGUGACGAAGAGACAAGUCGAAAAGAAGAGAUCCCCACCGAACUCGACACCCGGGGACAUUUCUAUGAGACCAUUGAAAAUCCUGACGUUUACGAAGAAAUUGAGGGUUGGAAAUGUACAGAAGAGUCUAAACAACAUUGUGACAUGUCAGCAUUAAGUACUGUAAAGGAGAAGGUAUCGACUGCAAUUGACGAAUAUUCUACAGAUUCCAAAAACUCUGAACAAAUUCUAAAUCUAAAUGUGCGUCCAGUUCAGUCAAAUACUAAUCCAAGUACUAUAAAGAGCAUUUCAAAUGUGAACUAUGAGGGAAAGGAAACCGAUACGAAAAGUGCUACAGACUCUUACGUUACCUUGGUGCGUGACCAGACGACAUCAUCAGUCACCCAGAAUCCUGUAGAACAUAAAUAUGUCAACAACAUUCCGUCUACAAUGGUUGCUCCAGUAGUGAAUUUAAGUCAGACAUUGAUAGAUAAAACAGCGAAGACAUCGCAAAGUUUAUCUAGAGAUGAGAGUUGUACUGGUAAGAACGAUUCUCAUACGCAAUUUAAUCUCAGCGAAGAUGCUAUUGCAGAACUUUCUACUCAGGAGGUAUGCGAAUAUCUGAGCAAACUUAAUCUUGAGCAAUACGAAGAAAGCUUUAAAAAACAAAUGAUAGAUGGUGCCAUGUUGGCUGAAUUGGAUAAAGAAAUUUUGGUACAAGAAUUUGGUAUGAAAAAAGUAGAGGCUAUAAGACUCAUGAAAUUUGCAAAAGAAGGACGAUUGCCUAAAAGUACAUAAGGCAAGCCGGACCUUUCUAGGUAUACCAGAACAUUAACAUUUUCAACCGUUCUCCGCCAUUUUUAAACUAGAGAGAACCGUGCUGGAAUAAAAACUAUGUCUUAUCCGUUAACUUAAGGCAGUUCGAUGCAACAAUAAUUAAACUAUACUUACACAUAGGUUAUCACACUUAGGUCAUCACACUAAGGUAAAACGCCUCCAUUGUUUUCUUUUAAUUGAAUGGAACAGGGAAUUGAACACCGUAUAACCCUUUAAAAGAACAUUGGACAUCGCACUAAUUCCCACAAUGAAUUCGUUGAUGGAAUGAAAAGCAAAUCGAUCGUUUAUGAGAAUGCCUUUGGGCCAUUCCUGAAGAAAACCUGCAAUAGUGACGUAAUAAAAUGUCUGCAUUAGUGUAAAUAAUUUAACUUUAAAAUACUGGGAAAUUUGGGUGUUUGUUGUGUUCAAUCAGAAACUAAAAAAAAGUGCAUAGCAAUUUAAUCAUCUAAGACAAAGCAAGUAUAUUUUACAAAUGUGCGAAUAAAUGUUAUUUUUGUUGCCGUGGCAACCCAUCACUUUGAGAAGACAUGGUUUUAUAAUUAAAGAGAUCGCGAUGAAACCAAAAAUACAUGGUUACAUUGUCAGUAAAAUGUUUUUGAACCGCCUCUAAAUAUUCAAACAUAUGAUAACAAUUUAGUGAUAAUUACUUUUGUCGCAUAAGUACCAUUCAAUAAACACGCCAUGUAUGACGACACCAUUUCGCUUUCAUGUCAUCCUGAUGCUGUUUUACUAGUAAAGAUAACGUCUUCAAUUCUUUUUACAUUUGAAAGGUAAAAAGAAGUUUUCUUUAAUUACGGAUUUAUCUAUUUAUCUAGAAUUACCUGCAUGAUAGUUCAGAUAGUGUUCUUUGCAGAAAUGGUUGGUUUAUAUGUAUAUUGUUACGUGUUAAAUGUUGGAAAUGUGAUUUUCUCAUAGUACAUCAUACAUUGAUGGGUUCAACAUGUUCUGAAACAUACGUUACUUUUAUCAAAUAAAUCUGUUUUAAUGACUAUAUUGAUUUUUUCAGUAACACUAAUAUCAGUCUCUGUAUUGUUAUCAUAUUCCAUUGAUCAAAAACAUAGGCGAGUCUGGUUGUUCAUGUCUUUGUUUGUAAGUGUCAUUGCUGUACAUUGUUCUUAUUAAAAUUUCUUUUAAUAAAAGGGUAUUAUUGAAUCACAGA